AUGAUGGUGGACAUCACAGAGAACAGCCUUCAGGCACCUGAAGAACAGUCUGGGGCUCAGGUGUCUCAGCACAUUUCCCGCGCCCCGCCCCCCCUCCGCCGGCGUCCAGAAUUCCACCUCUGCCCCACCUUCUCCCCGGAGUGUCUUUUUAGCCGGAUCAAUUCGAUCCGUGCCCUCCCCUGGCAAACCAGCCGACCGAUUCCUCUUCCCCGGCAGGAAAGGAGGCAACGCCCGGCUCCAGCCCCAGGAGACCCAAGCAUCUUCCCAGCCCGCAGGGAGAGGCACCUGGGCGCAGAGGAAAGGGCCCCAAGCCUCCGCGAAGGAAAGGAAAGGGCGGCCGGCUCGUCCCUGGUCGCGGUCCCCACCCGGCGGCGCGGGGGAGGCCUUCCCGGCAGAUUGCCUGUCACUUACGGGCGGCACCUCCAGGCAGAGCCGGGCAGAGCAGGGCCAGCGGGCCAGCGGGUGGCGGAGUUUGCUGACUCAAAGGCGCGGCGGCGGCGGCGAGCGCCUAGGAGCGCACACGAGCGCAGCCCCGCGCUCCCCGUGCACGUAGCGGCCCCGCGCCCGCGCUCCACGCCCGCUCUCGUGGCCACCGCACCGCCCAACCCAGGUACGGCCCCGCGGGGCCUGCCCCUCCCUGCCGCGGACCUGCAAGCUGCCCUCUGCCCCCGGGCUGGGGAGAGCUGUGCGGCCGCUCGGGGGCGCCACUUGAAAGCCACCAGGAGCUUGCAAACCCCGCCCCGCCCCCUUAGUUACUUACGGAGAAGAUGGUUGAAUGGGAAGAGUUAUGGACCGAUAAUGGUACAAUGUCAAUGGUAG